GCUACCCACACAUCCCAUCUUUUAUCUCUCCAUCAAUUUACUCUUGCGUUGUAUUUAUUUGUUUAUUUACUUGAUUUCCCCUUACUUCCAUUCACAAGAGGCGCCGUAGCAGCAGCCAGUGAGGAAGAGGGAAGUCAGUGUAGGUGGCGGCCAAUGAGCGGCUUGCUGGGGGAGUCGUGUUUGUUUACGUCGGAUCAGCUGACGGGCCCAGCCAAGGCCCACCCUAGGCCCUGCCCGCCCCUGGCCCGUCACUCACCCCGCACCGCCUACACCAAUCAGGUGCACCGGUGGACACCAGUGCUGGCGACAACCAUCCUGGAUCACCUCCCUGUCACGGGGAAGCCACGCCGCCACCUCACCCUGCGCAACCCAAACACAGAGAUGGUGCGUGUGAGGAGGUCGGCCUCAGAAAAUGAGUGCCCUAUCUGUAUGGACCCGGCCAGGUUUGCCUUGGAGACUAACUGCGGCCAUGUCUACUGUGCGACAUGCAUCAUUCAGAACUGGCAGACCAACUUCACCAUCACCCCCAUGCUGUGUCCCUACUGCCGCCAGGAGAUCAUCCUGCUGCUGCCGUGCUUCUCUGAGGGGGAGGUGAUGGCGGCUGACGUCCCUGCAGUGAUGGAGCGGGAGAGGGUGGUGGCCCAGGUGCAGGAAUACAACAGAAUGUACUCGCAGCAUCCCAGAUCGUGGUAUGGCCAGCUACAGGACCUACCCACCAUCCUCCGCCACAUUUGGGCCGAGCUGUUCACCUGGCGCGGGAUCCUGAUGGCGUUCAAGCUGCGGGUGAUCCUGUCAGUGGUGAUGGCAGUCCUGUAUGUGGUGAGCCCCAUCGACAUCAUCCCCGAGGCCUUCCUGGGGCUGCUGGGACUGGCAGAUGAUGUGGUGGUCAUCAUCAUCAUCCUCAUCCAAGUCAGCAUUGUUUAUCGCACAGUGGUGGCCAACAGGGACUGGUAGCAAGGGUGUGGUGGUGGUGGUGGUAGGCUGUGUUCUCCUUCCUCUGUGUGUGUGGAUGUAUGUGUGUGUGUUGUGCAGGGUAAGAAAGGUUAGGGAAAGAAGCAGAAGCCUUCACUCUUCCCAGCAUGUCCUCCCAUCUGUGCCUGUCAGUGAGAGUGUCUUUACAAUAGAAGUAUUUCAGAUCACACUGAUUUGCUUUCCAUCAGCGUUCAUAGGGCAAGAGUAAAGGGAGCGAGCAGACAGUGCCAUGCUCACCUUAACACAAUGCCCCUGGCUCUGUGAGGACUGGGGAGAACAGAAAGGAAGUAUGUCUCCAUCAUCCAGUAUAUUCUGUUUUUAUCGUCAUGUGAAGGCAGGAAGCAAUGAAGUAUUUGUUGACUUUUGAAAUUCACUUGUAUAAGGAACAUUACACCUGAAAUAUUCUCUUCAUUCUUUCAACAAUCAUUAAAGUACAAGAAAGCAUUAAAACCUGACACACACACACACACACACACACACACACACACACACACACACACACACACACACACACACACACACACACACACACACACACACACACACAUAUCUUAUAGCUGCAGAAGAUAUAAAAGUAAUGUGAUUAAUUUGAAAUCCCUGUUCAGUACAUAUUCAUCUUAUCUUCAUAAGUUUUGGGAGAUUGUAGAGGAGUGAGUGUGACGUGAUUCACAUUACAGUAUUGGCUGUGUCAGUAGGGAAUGGAAAGCUGAAUGGAAGAACAUUCUGAUACAUUCAUAACAUUUCUCUCUUUUAUCUGGUCAAAGUGUUCCAGACAGUGUGGUGAAAGGCUAGCCCGUACAUGAAUGAGUGUUGGUGAGCAGCUCUGUGUGGUCACCAUGAAGGCAGCAGUGCAGUGUGAGGCAGAAGCAGUGAAGGCUUGCAGUGCUUGCUUUGCCUGCUGCCCACUGCUUCACUGUGAUGUCAGUGUGAGUGUGAGUGUGAGUCUGGGGGAUUAGUAUUUUGUGCAGUGAUUUAAUUGAUAUUACUGUAAUGUAUUAGUGCAGGGUGCCUACUAGAAGCAUUGCUCUGUGGUGUAAGUGUAAGUACUAUGUGUACAGUAUAGCUAGGUAUGAAGCUCUACAGUAUACAACUCAGAAAGUUUUCCAAGUCACUCAAGAUACAUGCUUGUGAAAAGUGAAAAUGAACUUUAGGUCCUCUUUAGUUCUGGAACUACAUGAUGGUGGCAAUCAUAUAGAAUUUAUUUUAUAAUAUAAAUCAUUGUUAACAUUUAAGUAUGGUGAAAUUUGUGCUGUACAUACAGUUAUAGUUUUUAAUAUUUUUAUUAAAUUUCAUAUAAUUAAGAAUUCAAAGUAAAAAAACAUUUUGUCUGUGUUCAUUCUCAUGUGCAGUACUAUUAUUGUACAGUUUGGGAGUGUGCACUGCAGUUCAGGCUGUAGGGGAAGUAAACAAACACUCAGCAGCUUGAGCCUGUAACUGAUCUGAAUAUGACUAAGCCUGUAUCAGAGCACAAUGAACUUUUUUAUUUGUGUAGAGAGAAUUUGUCAUGAACGACAGCCACACACGGCGCCACUGACACAAGUGUGAUGCGUGAGUGGUUGUCAUCAGCACCAGUGGUCAGCCUUGGCACAGCUGUCCUGCAUGUCUGUUAAGUCUUGCCCAGCUAAGGAAAACACCAGCAGUAUUGAGCACCCUGUGAGUGUCCUGCAGUGCCUCCUGAGGGCAGGCACAGGAGUGGCAGGGCAACACUGCUCCUUGGCUACAUCACUGCUUCCUCUUUACUUUCAAAUCAAAUGCUGCAGCAUUGACAUUGUUUCAUGCCUGUCAUGUUUGUGAAAUUUUAGUUUCUUUAGAUAACAAACAAAAUGUUUAGAGCCUAGCAUUUCAAAACCUCUUCGUCUCAGCUUUGUGGCACCUCACCUGUGGCUGCUGCCCCUGUGAUGCCUUGCUGGUGUGAGUGUUGCCCUGAGAUGAAGAGGCUGAAGGCUGGUGCACUCUGUAAAUAUUUUGUAUGUUACACGUUUUGUACUUGAUAAUCCGAGGCUCAGAACUGAAGUAUCACUGUGUCUGCGUGUGCAUGUGUUUUUAGCUUUUAGCGAGCAUUUCAUAGAUAUCAUACUUUGUAGCAGAAGAGUCAGAUCCAUCAGAGAUAUAUUUUUAGAGUACCAUCAUGGCUUAUAUUCUGCUCUUAUACAUUUGAUUCCAUAGACUUAUAUGUACGUGCUGGUAUAUGCAUAGCAGACUUUUUGAAAAUGUGGUACUUUUUUCACGAGUAACAUUCACACAUUAUUUUUACACUCAACAAACUGCCAAGCACAAGACUGUGACUGAGGCUCAAGAGAUGGAGAGCCUCGCUGUGCUGGAGGCGAAGGUGUCCAGAGAAAUGUCCAGCAGGAAGGUGACAAAUCAGUGACAUGGCUGAAAUAGAGAUCCUCAUAAGGAAACUAUGUAUGUAAGAUCUCGUGUUUGUGAAUUACAAAGUGGAAUGUUGUGCAGAGAUUGUCUUGUUGUCUUGUCUCACCAUGAACCGCUGGAGUGAAUGCUUCAUGUGUGUUCAUUGUCUGUGGUAUGGUGGCUUUAGGUGUGACACUUUGUAUUUUGAUGAUAAACUCAUCUCAAAAUGUCAGGAAAUGUGACUCAAGUUUUGGUAUGAUAAGAUAAUGGUGUUUUGACUGAGUGUUUACCCUUGUGUGUUGUGGUGUGCUGUGGUGUGGUGUGGUGUGGUGCAGUAGUCGGCCUGGAGGGAGGGGCCACGUGUCCUCGUCUGACUAUUCUUAAUGCAUUCAAACAAAAACAGAGUCAAUUUCUUAUUCUUUUCCAGCUGUUAACACUCGUUCCUUGAAGCUGAACAUUUUUGUCACUUAAACUUGGUAUUUCACUAACUUACACACUACUAUCCUGUCUGUAUCAGUUAAUAGUCUCACUUUCUAAAGACUUUUUUUGUAUAAGUUUUUUUUGCUGUGCCUUCUUGAUGAUGUCAGUCUGUGUAGAACUACUUAUAGAUUGAAAGGUGUUUGUUUAAGGGUGUGUGUGUGAGAUAGAGAUCAGGGAGAGAGAGAUAGGUUAGAAUGCACAAAACGAUGAGGAUAUGGGAACUUUCCUUAGGCCAUUUGGUUGACAGGGGACACAAACAGAGUCACACCCUUCCUUUCCUGCCUGUACCUUCCCGCCCCUACCUCCCUCAGUGCCUCUAGUUGUUGUCGUCUUGGUGAAGAGUGAACAAGGUCAUUCUGGGUCAUAUUCUUGAACACUUCACACCUCGACUAUUUUCAAAAGCUCUAGUUGAAGCAGCCCAGGUUUCUAAGAGUGUUUUUCAUGACUUUAGCGAUGAAUUAACAAGAUUUCUACAUUAUUAACUGUAGAAGCAUUCAUGAGAACCUGGUUAGUCUCUUUGGCUUUUGAAAUUAGUUGUGGUGAGAGAGAUGAGUGUUUCUGAAUACAAGGCUCUAUCUGUCUUGGUCCUGCCAGUGAGUGUGUGUCCCUCCCAUGAAAGCCACUCAUGUACUGUUAUUUAGCUUGACUUGGAAUUCUGGUGUGUUUUUAGCUUUACUGUUACUGUGUUGUGGCUUUCAGGUUUGUUUUCUUUGUAUCCUUGUGGCUUUUGUACUGCCAUGAGUGAAGUGCACAGUGACUUCACUCAUGAAUAACAUGCUUUAAUUUGCCAAUAAGUUGUGAAUUGUUUAAUGAUAUUUAGUAUUUCCUCAUGACCUUUUAAUUAUAAAAUGUUUAUUUAAUGCCAGUUUUUUUUUUUUCUGAUGACUAUUUUGUAACUGGUUUUAUAAGGCAAUACUAGGCCAUACUGAGACUUAACUUAGAUAGAUAAAUAGAUAGACUGCAGGAAACUGAACCAGAUGCACAAAUUUAUGAAGCAUCGCGGUUCAGUUAUCUGUUAUGCCAUGGAAGGUGAGACUAAAAGCUAAUUGCUUGAGUAAUACAGCAGUCGUCAAACUGUCAAGAUGUACACUGCUGGAAAGAUCUCUAACUUGGUAUAAUCUUGAGGGAUGAAAAUGCUACAAAAUUGUGUGUUUAUGUCACUUUUUUGUUCCAUUUUUUUUGCCUGAAGAUUGACAUAUUUCUAUGCUGUCAAAAUACUUCCAUCUUUUAUGCAUUUCUUAUACCAGGUUAGCAUUUCUUCAAGUGAAAACUAGUAAUAAAGAACCAUCCUCUCUGACCCUCAAGCCGCAGAGCAUGACGUAUUAUUGUAUUGGAGAUAAUCAGCGUGUCAUAUUGUGCCUUUGUGUUGAGGGCUGCAGUCAUUCAGUCAGGCAUUCCCCCACUUGUUACCCAAAGGUGGGGCUGAGUGCUGAGUGAUAGCCUCCUCUCAGCUGCCACCAGCAAUUUUACCGCUGCUCUCGGCUCCCUCAAUUUUGUCAAGGAUAGUGAUGAAUAAAGCAUCCAUUUGUAA